AUGAAUAUUGCUGGCAAUGUACUGCCAUUGAGUCACUUCAGAAGGUGGCUGAAGCAAUCUUGUACACUCUGUUUGAGUCACAUUAUGGUCAACACCAAUAAUAUGAAGCUCAUUCUUGGCAUUGGUGCCAAAAUCAGGUUGAACUAUUUCAGUCUGAUUGAUGCACCUGAUCACCCCACCCCUGCUACCACCACUCACCACCUGUGUGCUGCCCCCACCCCACUAACUACCACUGCUGCCACUCCACCACCACCACCACUGCCCACCACUGCCUUCCUGCCUCCCUCCAGCACCAUCAGGGUCUCUGCCUGUCAAAUGGCAGGUAUUAGAGCCCCUGUCCAGUUCACAAAGCCAGUUCUGGAGGAGCAGGAGGAGAAAGAGGAGAAGAAGAAGAAGAAGAGGGAGGAGAAGAACAAUGAUAAUGAUGAAGAUGAUGAUGAUGAUGAUUAA